GUCUGUCUGUCUGUCUGUCUGUCUGUCUGCACACCCUGUAGUUUUCCAGAGCCAGGAGUGAAGAAUACUGAUUCAUGGACUUGGCCAGGAACAACUCUGGACCCUAUCUAUGGGAUCUAACUCAAGAUCUCAGGCAAGAAGGCAUCAGUACAGCAGUUAUUGUAGGAGAGGUGAGGACUUGCACUCUCAUAAUGAGGUAGCCCUGCCUACGGCCUAAAACUCUGUCACCCUCUGACCAAGAGGGAAUUUCCGAAGGUUCAGAUCCCACCCGUGACCCUAACACCACCACAGUGACUGUAAGUUCUCUGUACCAACACAAUGUAUAGUACUGGAAGAUCCCUGGAUGAACCAUUAUCACACACAGCAAAGUGAAAUGCUCUGAUAAAUGACCUGCAUUUGUGGGCUGGGAAUGAAUGUCUACGCUCACACACGCUCAAUGAAUGAACACACACGACCGAUUGAGACGUGUUACACAAUAGACCUCCUGUUGAUAGUGUGUCAUAGACUCACAGUCAGACCAGUGGAACAUUUCAGAGUGUUAGGUUUUCACAAUUAGUGGAAAAGUUCAGGGAUUGAGUGAGAAUGUUAGGUUUUCACAAUUAUCUACUGUAAAUAGAAUAAAGUUAGCUUUAUCAGAAGAUUAUCUUUGAGACUGAUUUUGUGUGUGUGUGUGUGUGUGUGUGUGUGUGUGUGAGAGAGAGAGAGAGAGAGAGAGAGGGGUAGGCUAUUUCUAUUUCAGGCUAUUUUUCGAAAUGCUGCAUCUGCAGGUUGAGGGAGGGAGUGAAUUGAAUCUCAAUCAUGGAGGGAGAGAGAAUGAGGACAGUGAAUUUGUAUCCCAUCCUUUAUCUAAGCCCUCUACUUGGUGAUGAUGUCAUUACAGGCUCUCUGAUUUAUAUAAGGCCCAGUGUCAUGUACAGUACAAGCAUUCUUUUUGCAUAGGCUGCCCCCUUUAAAAUACAUGCAGUCUUGAUUCUGUCAUACAUUUUCAACUUUGAUGUGUUGAUUUUGCAUAAGUCAUGGCAAAGACAUUAUUUCUUUUUUAGUAGUCUAGUACAUGCAGCCUGUGGGCCAAGUCAGUAAGGUUAGUAAAGUUAGGUGGUCAGGUGUGUAUAAACUAUGUAUGCCUGCCUCUGUCAUCAUAGCAAAGCUUUAGACACCCUGAUGAUGCAAGAGCAGGCUGCUAAGAGGCGAGGCGGAUGAAUCCCGACAGAUGGCUCCCGGUCCGGUUAACUCACCGCCGUUGCCGUCCGGUGCGCGUGGAUUCCCCGCAUUGACUCGUGAUGAGUUCAGCAGCAGAGGAGGCGGGGGGAAAUGAGGGGGCCCGCGCGCGCCACACGGGUUUCAGCCGGUGACGUAGCAGCCCGUAAACUCACCAAGCAACAUUACUGUAUUUACAUUUCUGGAUCAGAGAACUCGCGAGGUGUAGGCCUACUUCCUACCGGCAUUUUAUCUCUGUUUCUAAAAUAUCCCUUUAUAUAUAUAUAUAUAUAUAUAUAUAUAUAUACAGCGUACGCGAAUAUCUGACAAUGAUCGUCCCAGACCACUGAUUUAACCCUAUUUAACCACCAAUCUGAUCAUAUGUUCAUAGAAGAAUAUCUGGAAGAAGAUGAGGAACCACCUUUGCUGCUCAGCUCUUGUCCUUCUCACAGUGUUUGGCACUGGAGGGACUGUAGCCAUGCAGUGUCGGUGGGGGGAGGGGUGUGUGUGUCUGGAGUGCCCCAGUGGCCAAGAGCCAAUCAAGGCUUGCUGGCAGGUCGAGGGGCCAGGCGAGGCGAUGCAAUGCCAAUCUUGUCCAGCUGGUACUUUUUCAGACGGCUAUGACUCUGAUCAAUGCAGCCCACAUUCCUCCUGCGGGGUCCUCAACAAAAAGGUUGUGACCUCUGGUACAUCACACUCUGAUGCUGUCUGCGGAGACUGUCUGUCUGGGUUCCACCCCACUGCUAUGAGGACAGCCUCCACCCUGGCCUGUGUGAGAGCCCCCGCUGCCCAAUCUACCCACAUGCGUACGGUGGGUAAGGGUGCGACGGGCAGUGGCGGCCUGCCGGUGAACGGUACAGCAGUGCGGAGCCCGGAGGAGAAGAGUACAGAGUAUGCGGUGUUCGCCCUGGUGCCAAUCUUCUGUGUGAUGGGACUCCUGGGGAUCCUCAUCUGUAAUAUCCUCAAGAAGAAAGGAUACAACUGCACUGCUGAGAAGGAGGGAGGAGACGAGGAGAAUGCUACACCACAGAAAGAGGGUAACACUUGUCCCUACAUCGUAGACGAUCCUAAUGAAGACACCAUCAGUGUUCUAGUGCGCCUCAUCACAGGGAAGAAAGAGAAUGCUGCUGCCCUGGAGGAGCUGUUACUGGAGUACGAGAGUAAACAGAUCGGCAUCAACAAAGCCUCCUCAAUCAAGUUCCCGGUGCUGUCUCCUUUGACUCAGUUCCUCUCCUUACCCAGACUGUGUCCUCACCAGUCUCACCUCCACACCAUCUCUGGUCUGUCUGGCCCCCGACACGGCUACUGCUGCUCCCGCUGUGCCCAGAAGAAAUGGCCCCCCAUCCUCCUGCCCCCCCUCGGCCCCCUCAAACCCCCCACAGUUCCUCCUGACCCCCCUCAAACCCCCUCAGUCUCUCCUGUUACCCCCUCUGGACCUCCAGACCCUCCAGAAGAGCCCUCUCCUGCCCCCCGUGGACACACACCACUCCACCACUAAGAUCUCCCAGACCCCCAGGGCUGGGUCAGGGUUACUCCCUGAGGGGAAGUGGAGGAUGCCUGGGGAGGUGACCCGGAAUGUUGGGAGGUUUCAGGUGGCUCAGAUUCAGGAGCAGAGGCCUGGUUCCAUAGAGAUAACGUUCCGACCAGAGUCUAGUGACUCAGACUCAGUGGAGGAUUCAUCUCUGCUGCGGGCGAACAAGUCAUCCUCGUCUUCAUCCUCGUCAUCAUCCUCAUCAGCUGCCAGGGGUACACAGGAGGUUAAUAGCUAAACAUUCGCAGAGAGGAAUGCUGGGUAAAAAUAAGUCUACCUCGCUGAUCGAUGGAUGUGAUGGGAUUCCAAAAUGGCGACCAGAGAGGUUGAUUAUCCUCCUUGUUGGGAUUUGGGAAGUUAGCCUGGGUGCUUGUUGGGAAGUUAGCCUGGGUGCCAGACAAAGGGAAACCCUUGUAUUUAUAACACAAACAAGUUGUAUUUUAUCCUAUUGUCUUUAGAGGCAGAGAGAAGAGAGGAGGAACAAACUAUGAAUUAACCCAACCGUGUGGUUGUGCUUCCAUAACACUCUGGACAGGUUGGAGGACCUUAACACCGUCUGCACUCCACACUGUGCAAUACACACACACACACACACACACACACACACACACACACACACACACACACACACACACACACACACACACACACACACACACACA